AUGGAUGAUUCGAUUGAUACAGUUGUGGAUGAAGAACACGUGAAUGUUCGUGAAGAUUACAAUCCUGUAAUUAGUAAGACUAAUCAAUUUUCCAAACAGAUAAUUUCUUUUCUGGACAACGAUGAACGCCGUGCAAUAAAAGCGAGCUUCAAUAAGCAAUUCGAAAAAGAGCGAUCGAACUUCCAUAAGGAAAGUAUUACGAUUGAGCAACAUGUUUGUGUACAAGAGAAGAAAGUGCCAUUAUUACGGGAAACUUCCGAAUCAACGUGUACGUCGUACAAACGGGCGAUCCGAUGUGUUACGAGUGACAACAAUGGAACGUUGAUGCGAAUCGUUGAAUGUUGUGAUGGAUAUCAUACAUCAGAUAUCAAGAAAGGAUGCACUCCAUAUGAUGCUGCAGAAAGUUUGGACAAGUUAUUGAGUGGAAAGAAUGUGUGUACAGAUGCACUGGAAUUAAAGAAUAUCAAAUUUGCAACUUUAUUGAUACCAGAUAACGAAUCAUGCUUGGAAAAUGAUGCUAACAACAGGAAUUGGGACGAAUACAUUUUGGAUCAACCAUAUCAUAGUUAUGAAAUGUUGAAUUCUCAAAAAUUGCCAACACUUAAACCGGGAGUUUUUGUUAUUGUAUCAAGAAAUACCGAACGAACAGGUUUAGAUGAUAAACCUCUUCUUAACUGUGUCGAAAUAGUAAAUGAAGAUUUGGAGUGGAAAAAUGGUACAGUACAACUAUUAAGUGGACCAUUACCUAAGGCAACAACUCAAACACUUCUUGAAAUUAUCAGAAGCGAUCCAAAUUUUUCUAUUUUCAAUUCCUUAUUAACUGAUGAUCUUCAAGAACGUCUUGCAUCAAAUACUCUCAUUUCUACUGUAUUCGUUUUUAGUAACAAAACAUUUACAUCAUUUUCUCCAUCACUUCAAAUACGUAUGAAUCAACGGAAAGGAUGCGCAAGAGAAUUAAUAAAAGAACAUAUAUAUGAUGGUAUGUUAUGCUCAUUAUUUAUGGAAAAUGAUAUAAUAUCAAUUACUGGUAUUAAGCAUCACUUUUAUAAACAGCGAGAUGGAAAUAACACGGAAUUAAUUCGUCUGGAUAAUGGUCGGAUUUUGAAUACUGAUCGAAUAGCUUCAAAUGGUAUCAUUCAUAUCAUCGAUGACAUAAUACUUCGAGAACAAUCUGCAAUCGAUUGGCGUGAUCAUUUAGAGUCUCCCGAUCGAGAAUUCCUCGAAAUUGUUGAACGUAAUAUUGGUCAUGAAGAUGAACCAAUCGUUAUAUUUGUACCACCCAACGAUUCUUUUCAAAAUUUAACAGAUGAAAAAUCGUUUGUUAUGAAUCACAUUGUCGUAAAUGAUUCACAAAUCACAAGUAAAGUGAUCGAAACAGCAUAUGGUUCGAAGAUCCCCUCAUCGGUAAAAUCUCCAAAGCCGCUCUUCGGAUGUGCAAAGACAAUAAGGCCACCUACGAAGUACUGCAACACGACCAUUUAUUCUAUUGAUGCUCCCUUGCCAAAGACUAUAAAUACAUUGGAAGAAUUGAUAACCGAUCGACGUGAGUUUUCUGCAUUUGCUUCGUUACUCAAUGAUAGUAACAUCGACUUGAAAAACGACCAAUUGUACACCAUUUUCUUACCUUCCAAUGAUGCACUGUCGAAUAAUCAAAUCCGAACACUAAAAAUGAAUAAAACGCUGGCAAAUGACUUCGUACAUAGACAUAUUUUUGAGGGAAUGUUAUGUUCAAAGAAUCUCCGAGUAAGAACGGGUGACGGAGAACUCCCGGUAGUUUUGAAAAAUUUUAGAGGUGAAUAUUACGAUGGUCGUAAAAUAGGCGAUAAGACAACAGUUGGUGAUAUUGAUUUACAGGAUAUGGAUAUACUCGCUGUGAAUGGUAUCCUACACACAUUGGAGAGUCCAUUGAAGAGACAAACAUCACGCAAGCAUCACAAUCUGUGCUCGGUUUUUGAUUUCAUUUAA